CUAUAUAUGUAUUUCAAUUAUUUGCUUGUGUUACUGGAGGUCUGAUUUCGAGAGGAAUAUAAACUGGAGUUAAGGCUAAAUUAAUCUCUAAAUACACAUUACAAUAUGGAUAUUUUUGGCGACAAUAAAACACAGAUGAACACCACUACUCCGACUGAAAACUGGACAUCUGUAUACUCUAUAGUUCGAUGGAUUCAAAUGACAAUGGCUGUCCUGAGCAUCUUAGGUGCUGGCUCCAUCAUCCUGUACGCAGCUUUUCAAAGACUAGUGAAAAAGCCAGAGGUUCUACCGCUGUUCCUCUUGAGUUUGACAGACCUGCUGUUAGCAUUAAGCUGGCUGUGUGGAGGUCUGCUGUUCACCCAGUCCUGCAACUCUUAUGCUACAUGCUACAACCUUCACAUUGUGGAACAGACGCUGUAUAUGGCCUCCUUCUUCUACACGCUGCACUAUGUUUGGGUGCUGUACACCGGCCUGAACGGGAAAUAUCACAGGAGACUGAACGGGUUUCCAGCAGAGGCUGCAAGAACUAGAAACUGCAGAUGUUUGGGUCCAGUUCUGUCAUGUCUUCUGCCUUUACUGCUCACAGCUCCUGUGUUUGUGGCUGGAAAUGUGUUUCAGUGUUACACAAACUUCACUCAGCCAUACAGAUGCUUGCUGAUGCACACCGGGGCUGUUUAUCUCACUUCGUCUGCAUCGCCUGAGCUCACAGCAUGCAGCAUCAUUCAGCAAUAUUGCAUGGCAAUUUUCCUCGGCACCUUCCUCAUCACCAUCGUCGGCAUGUCGAUUUUCAUGGGUAAAGCACGCUCUCUGUACAAGCGUGUUGUCACGUCUCAGGGGUUUUUUGGCAGCAGUCAUUGGACAACUCUGAGACUCCUGGAGCGACGAAUGGUGCUUUAUCCAUCGGCCUUCUUCUUCUGUUGGGGACCAGCAUUAUUACUGGCCACCAUGAUGUUGGUGAAACCGGACAUAAUAGAGGGAAAGAUGGGAGUCGCCCUCUACAUCCUACAGGCCCUCACGUCUGCAUCUCAGGGUCUGUUAAACUGCCUGGUUUACGGCUGGACGCAAAAGCACUUUCGCUCACUGAGUAGCAGCACCGUACGAGACGCAAACACCCAGACUCCUCUGCUGCGCUCACAGAAACCAAACUACGCUGCUUUACACUCGGCUGCGUCUCUCACUAACUUUGUCUGAUGCACAGACGAGUAUGUACUUCCAUGCGUAAAGCACAGCCACUUGCAAUGCAUUCAAGGUUUUUCCAGUAUCUGCGUUUACUGGGAAUCGAACCUGUUGCGAGCGGCACGUUGAGCCACUGGAGAACAACUGACUCUACUAGCAAAAUAUGCAUGCACUCCUUCAUGCAGUGGUUGGACUUAAGGUUAGUUUGUGUUGCUGUUAUGUUUAAAGCGCCGUUAAGGAUGUUCACAUACAGUGCUACUGAACCAGAGCUCAACGUUUUUAAAGAUUUCAGGGUCUGGUUUGCAUGAAAGCCCUUAAAGAGUUAGUUCACCACAAUUGAAAUGCUCAAAUUUUCAAUAGGUUUGUUAUUAGAUCUUCAGAACACAAUUUAAGAUAUUUUAGAUGAAAUCCUGGAGCUCUCUCGUCCUCUAUAGACUGCAAUUGUAUGUCCAUAAAAUGACCAAAAACAUUGUCAAAGCAUUCAAUGUGACUUCAGUGGUUCAAUUGUAAUCAUAUGAAGCUCCAAGAACACUUUGGCGCACCAAAAAUACUAUUAAAACAACUUUGUGUGCCUAUAUCUUCUGUCCCAAUCCCAAUUCUAUUUUUGUACCCCUACCUCUUCCCCUUCCCCUUGACCCUUACAACCGAGUGUAAAGGGGAAGGGCUUCAAAAUUUACCCCUAAGAAUUGGGAUAGCACCUGCACACGACAUCAUAUGUCCUCAUGAUCUCUUGCUUCAUAUGAGAUCAGACGAUGGCGACUGCUGUAGUGACUCCAGUUGUGCUAUUUUAUUAUUUAUCUUUAGGAGAUCACUGAUGGCAUAUAUCAGUGUUUCCCAACCCUGUUCCUGAAGGCACACCAACAGUACACAUUUUCAACCUCUCCCUAAUCAAACACACCUGAAUCAACUUAUCAUAACAUCAGAAGAGACUCCAACACCUGAAGUUAAUGGGUCAACAAAGGGAGACAUCCAAAAUGUGUACUGUUGGUGUGCCUCCAGGAACAGGGUUGGGAAACACUGGCAUAUAUUAUGUUAUCAUAACGAUCUAAUGUGGCAAUAAGAGAGAGAGCUCCAGGAUUUCAUCUAAAUUGUCUUCAAUUUGUGUUCUGAAGUGUUAAUUGCAGACAUUCAUUCAUUUUUAUUUCGGCUUAGUUCCUUAUUUAUUAGGGCUCGCCACAGCGGAAUGAACCGACAACUAUUCCAGUAUAUUAUUUACACUAUAGUGCAUGUGUUUGGACUGUGGGGGAAACCGGAGCACCCGGAGGAAACAAACACAGGGAGAACAUGCAAACUGCACACAGAAAUGUCAACUGGCCCAGCCGGGACUCGAACCAGUGACCUUCUGACUGUGAGGCGACAGUUGUUACCACCGUGCCACCAUAAUUGCAAACAUAAUUUUUUAGGUGAACUGUCCCUUCAAGUGUUUCUGCACCUGCUGCUGGCUUUACUGAGAAACACACAGUUUCAUCAUGAAGCCUUCUGCAGUGACAUGCUAAAGAGUUUCAGAUCAGACGCUCGAGUGACAUGUAAAGCAGAGAAGAGUUUGAGAUGUAAAGCAGGGAAAGGCCAGCGGGGAUUAUACACAUUAUACAGACAGUGGGAAACGGCUCUGAAACAGGAUCUGAGAGGAACUACUGCUGAUGAUGAGUUACAACCAAAACAAUACAAGCGCUGGACUGUGGUUAGUGUUGCAGGAAUCAGUUACUGUGAAAGAGAGUAUGAAAAAGGAGUUCCUACUUCUCAAUCAGUGUUCAUGAUGAGUAUUUUUGAGCAGGAAAAGACUCUGUGUGUACUUUAUCAAGAUAGCAGCACUGAAUUAUGGGAGGAAAAAAGCUUUUAGUUAAAAAUGAGGUUCAUAUUGUCAUGGAAAUAUAAGGGAAUUUUACAUUAUGAAAUUAAAUUAUGAAGUUAAAAUGACUCCUAAAGGGAAAGUUUACUUAUAAGAUAUACUGUUCUGUCAGUAUUAUUAAAACGAGGUUGAUAGUCAUGGAAAUAUGAGGGAAAUAUUUAGAAAUUGUGAUUUCCAUGCUUGGAAUUUCAUUCAUUCAUUUAUUUCAUUCAUUCAUUUAUUCAUUCACUUAUCCCAAUUCACCUGUACCACAUGUGUUUGGACUGUGAGGGAAACCGGAGCACCCGGAGGAAACCCACGCGAACUCAGGGAGAAUAUGCAAACUCCACAGAGAAACGCCAACUGACCCAGCUGAGGCUAGACCCAGCGAUCUUCUUGCUGUGAGGCGACAGUACUACCUACUGCGUCGCCUGCUUGGAAUUUUACAUUAUGAAACAAAAAUAUGAAAUUAAAUUAUGAAAAUUAUUAUAUGAAGAUAAAAAACACUCCUAAAGGGAAAGAUUACCUAAAGGAAAUACUGUUCUGUCGGUAUUAUUUCUGUCCAAAUUAAAUAUUUAUAUUUAAAUAAUGUCUAAAUGAGUCAAGUUAAAUGAAAUGAAAAUAGGGACAGAUCACCUAAAAAUACUGUUCAGUUAUUAUUCGCAUUUAUAUUUGCGUACACAUUUUGUAUGUGAGUUUUCGACUCUUCUAAAGCAUAAAAACACCAUGAUAUAUUUGCAGAUAUUUCAGAAACAUGCUCAGUGAACGUUCUUGUUUAUCUGAAAAACAAUGCUGAAGUCAGAUAUUCUGCUUUGAGAAUGUGUGUGUUACGUGCCAGAACAUCUGUCUUUGUUUUGGUCUCUUUAACCCACCCAAUGCCAGUUUAGCCAAUUAUAUUUCAGCAGCCCGAGUUGCCUUCAUGGAAAACAGUGUAUUUCAUUCAUUCAGUCAGGAAGGCUCUCAAAAGCAUGCGCUCGUGACCGAAAUGCGACCUCUGGUGGACAGUAGCAGAUUCCGAAAUGAGACGCAGAUUCAGAGUUCCACAUGAGGAGGUUAUUAAAUAGCAAAUAAUAUUAAUAUUACGAACGUAAACAUUAGGUGAGCAGGUUACAUUGUAACAGUGUAACCUCACAACACACUUCAUCACGAGAUACACAGUGAUAAGCAAUUUGGCUUUAAUGAAGCACAGAAUAGUGCACUCACUGCACUCCAACUAAAUGGUAAGGUUCAUGAUCUAAUUCAGAGUUUCCCAACCCUGUUCCUGAAGGCACACCAACAGUACACAUUUUCAUUCUCUCCCUAAUCAAACACACCUGAAACAACUCAUCAAAACAUUGGAAGAGACUCCAAAACCUGAAGUUAAUGGGUCAGAUGAGGGAAACAUCCAAAACAUGAACUGUUGGUGUGCCUACAGGAACAGGGUUGGGAAACACUGAUCUAAUUAACACAUAUUAAACCUCUUUAACAUUAUUAAAUGUAGAUGCUGAGUCACUGAUAUGUGUUGAUUUGCGUUAUUUCACAGUUCUACAGUUCAAUAUCAAACGGUUUAUUUAAUUUUCCCGAUCUGAGGUGAACUAUCUGCUGCUGCUUUCAGUAGUAUGGCAAUAAACGUCAUGUAAAAUGGCAUUCAAACUCGCGUUAUUAGCAUUUAACACUGAAUAAAGCACAUGAGGUGUACCUGAGGAGAUCAUUGUCAGUUCUCUGUUGUUCAGCUGCAAGAAAUAGUAGCCGCCGUUUCUAAUAUAUCAAAUUUAGGUGUUGAUUAAAACAAAAACUCCUUUUAAUAUGGAGGAUAUUCCUUCUAUCGCAUACCACUGCUUUUAUAAAGAACAUGACUUAAAUCAGCCUUCAGGCUCGAUCGUCAGACUCACUGUUAGUCCCCAAUCUGGCAACCUGCACUUGCGUUUGUUUUGAUCCACGAGUGCAAUACCUAGUUCAACCACUGGGUGUCAAAUGUACAUACUGCACCUUUAAAGAAAUUAAAAAUUCCUUCCUUGAAUAGCCACAAACUGCCUAAACAACUGAGUUAAAAAGAUAAUGAACACAUCAACAAAGUAUUUAAGCUGAAAACACUUAUCACUUUAUACAAGAAAGCAUUAAAUAAAAAUAGUUAACCAACCUCAAAUGGAUUACUUUUAACUUUUUGCAGGUUGCAAGUUUUGGUUACACAGACAUUAAAUAUCAUCAGAAAAUCUUUAUGUGUGUCGAAGAUGAUUUAAAGUCUCAGGAUGAGUGAGUCAACGAUGACAGAAUGUUCAUGUUUGGGUGCACUGUCCCUUUAAGUGUUUGUAAUAAUAUGAAGGAACGUAUGCAUGAAUGAGUUUGCAUGUUUAAGAGAUGUAACUAUUCCAAAUGAGAGUGGAAAGUCAUUGGAAGUUUUGUGUUUGGCAGCAUUUUUGUCAUGUCUUCCUGGAGUUCAGUCUGUGUGAAAUGCUGAAAGUCCUCGUUUAGCAAGAAUAGCAUGUUGAAUUUAUUUUCAUAAUUGUGGGAAUUAAUCCUGAUGUGUUUACAUGUGCUGUCAUCAAUGCUUUUAUUUGUACUCUUAGCUUGGAGACUCUUUUGUCCCAUGACAGAAUGACUGGAGUUUCUUUAUCUGAUGAAUAAGUGUUGUUUAUUAGGGCAUUUUAUGUGUGUGUGUGUGUGUGUGUGUGUGUGUGUGUGUGUGUGUGCGUGUGUGUGCGUGUGUGUGUGUGUGUGUGUGUAGUUUUUGCACUUGUAAGAUUCAAACAUUUCAAUAAAAUCUAUUGAUAUUUUAUAUUAAA